UUAAAAGAGAGGUUUUUAGCGGAGGUUCAACCAGAAAAGGACGAGAUUUCAGUCGAGAGAGAAACGUGCGUGAUAUAUAAUUUUUUUUUUUUUUAAGUCUGGGGCUUCUCACUUUGGAACUUUGAAUUUAUUCUUAAGGAUUAUUAUUGGGAUUUCUACACUUUUUUCUGGAUUUAAUUGCCUUUUUUUUUUUUUUUUUUUUUGGUAUCUGCUGUUUUCGUUGCGCAGACAGCAGGUCUCACCAUGAAGUUGACGGGGAUAUUUUUGCUGUUGAUGCUUUGGAGCUGUGACAGUGCCAGAGUCGCAGAGAGCCGAGACGACAAUAGCGUGUAUGACUUGUUUGAGCUGGUCCAAGUCCCCAAGAAGAACCAUGGGGUCACCCUGGUGAAAGGAGACGACCCGUACAGCCCCGCCUACAAGAUCCUAAAUCCAGACCUGAUCCCCCCGGUCCCCGAGAACUCCUUUAGGGACUUGAUCGACUCCAUCCACGCCGAGAGGGGAUUCCUGCUCCUGCUCAAUUUCAAGCAGUUCAAGCGCACCAGGGGCAGCCUCCUGACCGUGGAGAAGAAGGACGGCUCCGGGCCCGUGUUCGAGAUCGUCUCCAACGGCAAGGCGAACACUUUGGACAUACUUUUCUCCACGGAAAACAAGCAGCAGGUGGUUUCGAUCGAAGACGUGGAUCUGGCGACGGGCCACUGGAAGAACAUCACGCUGUUCGUGCAGGAGGACCGUGCGCAGCUGUACGCGGGAUGCGAGGACGUGAACACCGCCGAGCUGGAUGCGCCCAUCCAGAGCAUCCUGACGCAUGAGACCCCGGCCGGUGCGCGGCUCAGGAUUGGCAAAGGAGCGGUGAAGGACAGGUUCAUGGGGGUUCUCCAAAACGUGCGGUUUGUGUUUGGAACAACACUGGAUGCCAUCCUCCGCAACAAAGGAUGCCAGAACACUAUGACCACUGACACAAUGAUCCUGGAAAAUAUCAACGGCUCCUCAGCCAUCAGAACAGAGUACACUGGACAUAAGACCAAAGACCUGCAGAUGGUGUGUGGCUUCUCCUGCGAGGACCUGGUCAGCAUGUUUAAGGAGCUGAAGGGCCUCGGCGUCGUGGUGAAGGAGCUGUCCAAUGAACUCCGCCAGCUGACGGAUGAGAACAAGCUGAUUAAGAACCGCAUUGGCAUUCACAGCGGUGUCUGCAUCCAUAAUGGCAUUGUGCGCAAAAACAGAGACGAGUGGACUGUUGAUGACUGCACUGAGUGCACUUGUCAGAACUCUGCUACUGUGUGCCGCAAGAUCUCUUGCCCCCUGAUCCCCUGUGCUAAUGCUACUGUUCCUGAUGGAGAGUGCUGCCCUCGCUGCGGAACACCGAGUGACUAUGCAGAGGACGGCUGGUCGCAGUGGUCUGAAUGGACUCAUUGUUCCGUGUCGUGUGGGCGGGGCAUUCAGCAGCGUGGUCGCUCCUGUGACCGUAUCAAUAACAACUGCGAGGGCACCUCUGUGCAGACUCGCGACUGCUACCUCCAGGAGUGCGACAAGCGCUUCAAACAGGACGGCAGCUGGAGCCACUGGUCACCUUGGUCAUCCUGCUCUGUCACCUGUGGUGCUGGUGUCAUCACUCGUAUCCGUUUGUGCAACUCCCCCACCCCCCAGCUCGGAGGCAAGGAGUGUGAAGGUGAAGGUCGUCAAACAGAGAAGUGCCAGAAGUCUCCAUGCCCCAUCAAUGGAAACUGGGGACCCUGGUCGCCAUGGGACACCUGCAGUCUCACCUGCGGAGGAGGUCAACAGACUCGCAAACGCCUGUGCAACGACCCUGUACCUAAAUAUGGCGGCAAAGAUUGUGUUGGUGAUGCCAAGGACACCCAGACGUGCAACAAGAAAGCCUGUCCCAUUGAUGGAUGUCUGUCCAACCCCUGCUUUGCCGGAGCCAAAUGUACGAGCUUCCCUGACGGCUCCUGGAAGUGUGGAAAGUGCCCCGCUGGCUACACAGGAAAUGGAAUCAAGUGCAAAGACAUCGAUGAGUGUAAGGAGGUCCCAGAUGCUUGCUUUGAGUUUAAUGGCGUGCACCGCUGUGAGAACACCGAACCUGGCUACAACUGUCUGCCCUGCCCUCCCCGAUACUCCGGACUCCAGCCAUUUGGCAAAGGUGUGGAGCAGGCUGCUGCUAAUAAACAGGUAUGCACGCCACGUAACCCCUGCCUCGACGGGAGCCACGACUGCAACAAAAAUGCCCGCUGUAACUACCUCGGACACUUCGCCGAUCCCAUGUAUCGCUGUGAGUGCAAGCCCGGAUAUGCAGGAAACGGCCAUAUCUGCGGAGAGGACACAGAUCUGGAUGGAUGGCCCAAUGCUGAUUUGGUGUGUGUGGAGAAUGCAACCUACCACUGCAAGAAGGACAACUGCCCAAACCUCCCCAACUCUGGGCAGGAAGAUUACGAUAAAGACGGCAUUGGAGAUGCUUGUGACAAUGAUGAUGACAACGACGGCAUUCCAGAUGACAGGGACAACUGUCCAUUCGUCUACAACCCGAGGCAGUACGAUUACGACCGUGAUGAUGUGGGGGAUCGCUGUGAUAACUGUCCCUACAACAGCAACCCAGACCAGACAGACACCGACAACAACGGAGAGGGAGAUGCUUGCGCUGUGGACAUCGAUGGGGAUGGAAUACUGAAUGAGAAGGAUAACUGUCCCUAUGUGUACAAUGUCGACCAGAGAGAUACAGAUUUGGAUGGAGUGGGAGACAUGUGUGACAACUGCCCCCUGGAACAUAAUCCUGAUCAGGUGGAUUCAGAUGAUGAUCGAGUGGGAGACAAGUGUGACAGCAACCAGGACAUUGAUGAAGACGGACACCAGAACAAUCUUGACAACUGCCCGUACAUCCCUAACGCCAACCAGGCUGACCAUGACAAGGACGGCAAAGGAGACGCAUGUGACCACGAUGAUGACAAUGACGGCAUUCCCGAUGAUAAAGACAACUGCAGACUGGCCUUUAACCCUGACCAGCUGGACACUGAUGGUGAUGGCCGUGGAGAUGCUUGCAAAGAUGACUUCGACCAAGACAACGUGCCUGACAUCUACGACGUGUGUCCAGAGAACUUUGACAUUAGCGAGACAGAUUUCCGCAAGUUCCAGAUGGUUCCUCUGGACCCCAAAGGCACCUCUCAGAUUGAUCCUAACUGGGUCGUCCGCCAUCAGGGCAAAGAGUUGGUUCAGACGGUGAACUGCGACCCUGGCAUUGCUGUUGGUUAUCAUGAGUUUAAUUCCGUGGACUUCAGUGGGACGUUCUUCAUCAACACAGAGAGGGACGAUGACUACGCCGGCUUUGUGUUCGGCUAUCAGUCCAGUUCCAGGUUUUAUGUAGUGAUGUGGAAGCAGAUCACACAGACCUACUGGUCAAACAAACCCACCAAAGCCCAGGGCUACUCCGGCCUGUCCAUCAAAGUGGUCAACUCCACCACCGGACCAGGAGAACACCUGAGGAACGCCCUCUGGCACACAGGGAACACCCCAGGACAGGUCCGCACUCUCUGGCACGACCCUAAGAAUGUUGGCUGGAAAGAUUUCACCGCCUACAGAUGGCACCUGAUCCACAGACCAAGAACAGGACAUAUUAGAGUUGUAAUGUAUGAAGGCAAGAAAAUCAUGGCAGACUCUGGUAGCAUCUAUGAUAAGACGUACGCAGGUGGAAGGCUAGGACUUUUCGUGUUCUCGCAAGAGAUGGUAUACUUCUCAGACCUCAAGUAUGAAUGCAGAGAUGCAUAGAAGCACGGCGCAGGAAGCUCUGAGGAAUGCACCUUUUUGUAUAAAGUAUGAACUUUUUGUAUUCUGAUGCAAAGUCCAGGGACCGAUUUAUCUCCGCGACUCUUUCUUCUGCGGCACGCACACUCGGACGAGGCGAAGGGCAUGUGGUCAGCCUCAGGGUAACUUGAAGCUGGUUCGGGCAGAGCACCAACCGGCUGACUGCCAGUUGAGGAUCAGAGAGCCCCUUCUCCUCCACCCUUAGCAUCCACGAGAGCAAGGAGAGCUGGGUAAAAAGAAAAACAUGCCCUCUGGCUUUGCCAACAGGACACCGACACCUUUCUGUCCCAGCUCUCCCUGCUUUCUCGCUCUCUGAAAGACCUCAUUCAUCUCUGUGCGGGAACGGUUCCCCAUAGACAACUAUGCACUUCCAAACCUUUGCAUCUCUCUCUGUUUUUCUAUCUCACCUCUUCAGCCUUAGUACCACACUUUCUGGGUGGACAUCCCAAAGAAAAGAAAUGACAUAUCCCCUUUGCUUUACUAGAUCUGACAGGAUGUUUAUUCUGAAUGAAACAGUUGAGGACUCAAAGGAUGAAGACAGCAACUGCUUUUUUUUUUUUUUUUAGGAAAUUUUUGGACUUGUGAUUUUACAAACUGUUGGCAGAGGAAUGAGAUCAAUGUAAGAGUAACACAUUGUUGAUGUUUGUUUAUGCAUGUGUGAUGGCAGUUGUCCAUGGAUGGAAAAAGAAAGUGGUUUAACCAAUUUAUGUAAGAAACCAUGUAGAGAAGAACUACAAUUUAGGUUUGAAUAUACAAAUUAUGUUUAAUGUCUGGUUAUAUAAUCUGCUCUCAUGUUGAGAUGGAAGGAAUAAUCUUCCCUUAUUAAACCAGUAGAAGAAAACCUAUUUUCUAUAAUUUAACAAAGAAAAAUGUCUAGCUGUCUCAAAGCCAGCUUUCUAUCCAAAAUACUCACAUCAAAACCUUAAAAAGACCUAUUUCCCUCAAGUUGUGAGGAUUUAAAAUUGAAAUAAUGUAUAUACAUGUAAUUUAUUGACUCGUGCCUACAAUGUAGGCAGUUAAAGAAAUCUAAAUACUCACCAGUACUACAGUCAAAACUAACCCAAAAUCAGGUAUUAGAAGCAGGAUGCAUGCUUGUGUUAGUGUCUCCCGUCUCCUGCUGUCUAAAGUGAAUUAGAUGUUUUUCCGACAGGGCUACUUAGCAUGAAGUGUAUGUGAGUUGUGUGCCUUUUCUUCAGAGAGAGAUGAAAAACAAAGGAACUCUGAUGUACAAAUAUUACCUCAUUGCUGUUGUAUAAUUUGAUCAAACAAAAACCAACCUAAGUACUUUUUUUUUUCAUUUUACUUUGAAAUGAUGGUCAUUUUAGUGCUACUGUAGCAUGAGCUGUACAUAGUAUGAUAUUUCAUUUCUAGAAACACAACAGAACUCCCAGUCCCUUCAUCCACACCGGUGAAAAUGUCAGUAAGAGACAUCUUUUCUAAGAAUAAUUUUUGCUUUAUCAUGUAUGUCCAGUGCUGUUUUAGCAGAUAAAUUAUUGUUCUGUUUGUCUUAGCUGUUUGGGAGUGACUGAUUUUUGUGUGUGUGUAUAUGUGUGUGUUCGUGUGUGAGUGUAGAUAAAUGCUAUUUAAAUAAUUUAUCAGGAUUUGUUGCCCGACAAAAGGGCCGCGUGUCCAUCUGUAUAAACGGUUUGCACACUGACAUGAGGAUGUUCUGCUCUUUAUCGUUUUUACCUUUUUUUUUGUUAUUGUGUAUCAAUGUUACCAUUAUUUUUGUACAAUUAGUUUUGCUUGUCUGUUCUUUUUCUUAGUUGUACAAAGCGAAAGUGCUGUUUUUAUUCAUAGUGAUUAUUUUGUUACUUACUUCAAGACAAUAAAUAGUUGUUAAAAUUCUCAA